AUGUCUAGAGUCGCAAAUAAUCGCGAUUGGGCCGACGAUGAGGAUCUCGAGGAUUCUAACGAGCUCCCACAGUCAACCACCACUACCAAUAAAGAUGGCACACAAACAAUUGUAACCUGGAGAUUCAACGAUGAUGGAAAGAAGGUCAAGACUACCCGCCGCAUCAGAUUCACGAAAGUCAAGGAAAUUGUGAACCCAAGAGUUGCUGAGAGAAAGUCCUGGAGCAAAUUCGGAUUAUCCCAAAAGGAUGCUGCAGGGCCUGCCUCGGAUACAACCAGUGUAGGAGAGAACAUUAUAUUCAGACCAAGCACAAACUGGAGAAAGGACGCCAAGGAGGAGGUUUCGGAUGCCGGAGCUAUGAAGAACAAGUUGAAGGACAAGCAAGUCAAAUGUCGUAUUUGUAGCGGAGAGCAUUUCACAGCUAAAUGUCCUUUCAAAGGCACAAUGGCACCUUUGGGCGAGGAGGGAGCAGUCGAUGUUGCAGCUGGUCACGCAGAUACUCCAGAGGGUCCAGGUGGUCUUGGUGCUGGCAAAUCUUCAUACGUACCACCUCAUCUCAGAAAUGGCGGUACCGCUGGUGGUGAGAGAAUGGGUGGCGGCAAGUUCGAGAGAGAUGAUUUGGCUACUCUACGUGUCACUAACGUCUCAGAAAUGGCCGAGGAACAAGAACUUCGGGAUAUGUUCGAACGUUUCGGCAGAGUCACAAGAGUCUUUUUGGCGAAGGACCGAGAAACUGGUUUGGCAAAGGGCUUUGCAUUUAUUAGUUUCCAGGAAAGAUCAGAUGCUGCAAAGGCUUGCGAAAAAAUGGAUGGUUAUGGUUUCAAGCAUUUGAUUUUACGAGUCGAGUUCGCAAAGAAAGCUUCAUAGAUAUAUCGACAUUUAUGAAAGGGUGGUUGUGUGUAAUGGGGUAUCAUUGUUUCCUCGCCUUUAUUGGUCAUGGCUUAUGGAUUUUAUGAACUCUUCUUCACUAUCAGAACUGUUCUGACCGCAAGUAUGAAAAAAUCAAUCACGCGAGAUACUUUUGAGCCAAAAUACCUUCCUUGAACCUGAAUAAU